GAACUCCCUCAACACUCGUCCACUCCAAGAGUUGGGGGCAAGACUGCCACACCCGACCACACAACAUCAUGCUCAGUUCGUCUAUUCGCCGUGCGGUGCCUCUGGCCGGGUCCGCCUGGGCCCCGUCCCAGAGCAUUAGCAUUGCUUCUUCGUCAAGCGCCGUGCUCGGCGCGACUCGCCGGGUGCAUCAGCGCCGGUACUCCUCCUCCUCUUCGAAACCGCCUGUGCCGCCCAGCGAUGGGCCGAGACGGAUUGAUCCGCAGGCAGCUACUAAGAGCGUUGGACCCGCGGGCGACAAACGUGAGGGCAAGGCCGCUCGCCGGAGGGGAAAGGAUGGCAAUGGCCGUCAUGGAUCGUCAAAGUCGAACCAGAAUGCCGCGUUUGCCAAUCUGCCGAGUGUGCCGUCUACGCAGCAUGUUCAACCUCACGACGUUCAUAUUGCCUCAUUCUUCUCGAUUCACCGCCCCAUGUCGAUCUCCAGUACCGUCCCCCCAACGUCGAGCGCGGAAGCCUUCAACGCCAUCUUCUCUGCGCGGAAACCGGCCCGCGCGGAAACCGAUGAGGUCAUCUUCACUCUCUCGUCUGCCGUGAACACAAUGGAGAACGCCGCCACCGUCCAUCACCCGAUGGGAGAACAGGAGGAGCUGGGGCCCCAUACUGUCAACCGGGUGGACGCCGAGACGGGCGCCGUGGAAGGAAUGAUGAACAUGGAGGAGAUGAAGAUGUCUAUCGAGGAGUACGCCCGGCGGUUGCGGCCGUUCCACCCGCCGCCGGCUCCCGUGCCGAUGGACGAGGCUGCUUCGGCCAAGCGGUUGCUAGACGCCGAGGAAGACGUUUCCCGACACACCUCGAGCUACUCGACCGUGCUCACCAUCCGCGAGUCAACCCAUUCGGACGGCCGCAAGACGUACGAGGCACACACCACGCCCUUUGUGCACAACCAGCUCGAAGACCCCGCCACCGAGGCCAUCCUCGACCUGGACCUGGACCAGACCCCGCCCUCCGGCCGCACGUAUAUCGAGCGUGUGCGCAAUAACCUGACCAUGCACGCCAUGAGCACCAAGCGCCGCCGCCGGUUAAAGAUGAAGAAGCACAAGUUCAAGAAACUCCUGCGCAGAACACGCACCUUGCGUCGGAAACUCGACAAGGCAUAAAUCUGGGAUCUGCCUCAUCUCUCUCCUCUAUUUGUUUCUUAUUUUUCCCUCCCCUUUCUUGCCAUCACCCACCUACUCAUCCAUACUAUGCAUACAGGCCUGGAUAAGGAAUCAUCGCAGUUGAAUAC